AUGCGGCUCGCCGGGGGCUCCGGCCCGCCCCGGGCGGGGCCCUCUCCCGGGAACGGGAGCCGGUGGCGGGCGGUGGAGCCCGGUGGCGGCGGCAGCAGCCCCAGCCCCGAGGCGUGGUCGGGGUCGCCCAACGGCAGCCUGAGUGGCUGGGACCCCUUCGGACGGGACGAGGAGCUGGCUAAGCUGGAGAUCGCCGUGCUGGCCGUCACCUUCGCCGUGGCGGUGGUGGGCAACGGCAGCGUGCUGCUGGCCCUGCGGCGCACGCCCCGCAAGGCGUCCCGCAUGCACCUCUUCAUCCGCCACCUCAGCCUGGCCGACCUGGUGGUGGCCUUCUUCCAGGUGCUACCCCAGCUCUGCUGGGAGGUGACCCACCGCUUCCACGGCCCAGACGGGCUCUGCCGCGUCGUCAAGCACCUGCAGGUCUUCGGCAUGUUCGCCUCGGCGUACAUGCUGGUGGCCAUGACCGCAGAUCGCUACAUCGCCGUCUGCCACCCGCUGAAGACGCUGCAGCAGCCCACCAAGCGCUCCUACGGGAUGAUCGCGGCUGCCUGGGCGCUCAGCCUGCUGCUCAGCACCCCGCAGUACUUCAUCUUCUCCCUCAGCGAGGUGGAGCGCGGCUCGCAGGUGUACGACUGUUGGGCGCACUUCAUCAUGCCCUGGGGGCCCCGCGCCUACAUCACCUGGAUCACCGGCGGCAUCUUCGUCGCUCCUGUCCUCAUCCUCGUCACCUGCUACAGCUUCAUCUGCUACCGCAUCUGGCGCAACGUCAGGGGCAAGACGCGCCCCGGGGAGGCGGUGGCCGGCGGCGGCCGGCGGCCGGGUAGUGUCGGCGGCCCGCGGAGGGGGCUGCUGCUCGCCCCUUGUGUCAGCAGCGUCAAGACCAUCUCCCGUGCCAAGAUCCGUACCGUAAAGAUGACCUUCGUCAUUGUCUCGGCUUAUGUCGUCUGCUGGGCGCCCUUCUUCACCAUCCAGAUGUGGUCCGUCUGGGACCAGCACUUCCCUUGGGUCGAUUCUGAAAACACUGCGACUACUGUCACGGCUCUGUUAGCCAGUCUGAACAGUUGCUGUAACCCAUGGAUCUACAUGUUCUUCAGUGGGCAUCUCCUGCAAGACUGCAUCCAGAGCUUCCCUUGCUGCCAAAAAAUAAAGCAAACACUGAGUAAAGAAGAUUCAAACAGCAACAGCAGGCGACAGACCUCCUUUACCAACAACAGAAGCCCAACCCACAGCCUGAACACCUGGAGAGAGUCACCCCAUUCCAAAUCCACCAGCUUCAUCCCCAUCCCGACAUGAGACAGGCUCCAGGGGAGGCAGGGCUUGCAGCCCCUUGGCAGUGCUUGGGAAGGCUACUGCAGCUUGACACUGGUCAGGGUCACCAGUCUUGAUAACAAGGAAUGACUGAGAUGGCCGUAAGACAAAAUGUGCCAUAUUGCUCAAUAAGCAGUUCUGCAGCAUACAAUUAUUUUCUGUAAGGUGUUUAGGACUGAUAGGAAGGCAUUACAACAAUAAAGGAAUUAUUUUUCUAAAUAGAAUUUAUUAUGUUAUUUUUUUGUUUCUAAAAUAUGAAGCUUAUUGUUUGCUGCUUGUUCAAAGCAGUAAAAAUAGUGGAGUUGGUAUGUGCUGUUGUAACUCUGCUCUCUAGUGUUAAUGCCUAAAAUGCUUCUCAUGAUCGAUGAAGACACAGGGGAAGAAGAUGAUAUAAACAAGGUCACAGUUUAGUCUUAAACACACAAAGUAAAGAGUUGGAAAAAAGUCCUGAGUCUCCAGAUAAGGAGCAUGGUUAGACAGGAGCUGAGUUCUUGGGAAUUUCAUGGAUCAUAGUGCUCUUGUAAAGGUCUAAAAAUUCUCAGUUAGUAAAACUUAAUAGCCCUUGUGAAGGCAAAUCCUUCACUGCAUCGAUGUGUGGAUGUGUAUUGUGGGGUUUCAUUUUU